AUGAGGCAGGAGAAAAGUGUGAUCAGACUCAUGCCUUACGAAAACAGAGAGGAGGGUUUCGACGAAUGGUAUAGAGAUGCUUGCUAUGGUGGGUCAAUGGUGGAUUAUCACCCAAUGCAUGGAUUCUAUGUGAUGCGGGACACUUCAAUGCAGAUAUGGGAUUCUCUCAAGGAUGUUUUCGAGCGGGAGAUGAAACGCAUGAAAGUGAAGAAAUGUCACCUCCCUACAUUCGCAGAGAAAGAAUCUUCAGAGGUCAGAGAUUCCCUGUACCCAUAUUUCAGAAAGUGGAUCCAUGAGGCUUCUGACUUGCCUCUCAAGAGCCGUGAGAUCCUGUGGCAAGAAGGCCAUAGCGCCUUUGCCACUAGGGAAGAAGCAUACCUUGAUGUCAAGAAUGUGAUGGACAUUUACUGCCGCAUCUACGAGGAGUUUCUCGCCAUCCCUGUUCUUACAGGCCGUAAGAGCGAGGACGACAGUGGACUCUUGUCCUCCACUUUGCAGGUUUUCAUUCCGGAAACCGGUGGUGCCGUGCAAGGCGCGUAUUCAAACUGUCUAGGACAAAGCUUCGCUAAACAAUUCAACAUCUGCUUUGAGAAAGGGAUUGGAGUUUAUUCACUGGUUUGGCAGAGCUCUUGGUCCUUCAACUCUGCUGCGAUCGGAUUGAUGGUAAUGGUCCAUGGAGAUGACAAAGGGAUGGUGCUCCCUCCUAACGUGGCACCAAUUCAAGCUGUCUUGAUCGCCUUAGCCAUUGAUCAGAGCGUUCGUGAUGCCUGUGCUGCUGCUGCAAUCCUUCUGGAGCUAGCCGGUAUCCGUUGCAUUGUCGACUCUUUCAGUGACAUUCCUAUCUCUUACAAGCAUGCUCAUUGGGAGCUAAAAGGGAUUCCUCUCAGAAUUCUCAUUGGAGGCUCAGAGAUUGCCAGCAACACGGUUCUUAUAGAGAGGCGAGAUGAUGGUUCUACGACAUCCGUCUCGCGCGAUGACCAUGACCUCGGUGAACGUGUUGCUCUUCUUUUGAAGGAAGUUCAGACUAGUCUCUUCAAGGUGGCCAGGUCAAAGAGGACUGAGUCUGUUGAGAGUGUGGAGACGUGGGAAGAGUUUGUGGAUGCCCUCGAGAGAGGGAAGCUGGUUUUUGCUCCUUGGUGUGAUGAGCAGCAGGUGGAGAGGGAUAUCAAGGAGCGUACAUACGGGCUUGCAAAACCCGUUUGCACUCCCUAUGAUCAGCCGUGUCUUCCUAUGGGUACUCUUUGCUUUGCGACGGGAAGGCUUGCAAAGACGUGGACAUACUGGUCUCGUGUUCUCGUCUCUGAAGGAUGA